AGAUGGCGAUGAAAAUGGCCCUGUAAUAAUUCCCAGCACGGAAAAGCCUAUUCCUACUGAUUGUGUAUGGAACAGUAGGAUUAGGCUUUUCCGCAACCAAUUGACGGUCUGCUCUGCUCCACAACUGAUGGAGCAACCAGUGGAAGAGCUGGUAACUUUGGCCGCAGAAAGGAUGCACAACAUCGCGGAUAUCCCUGGGGAAGGAGUAGGAGCCAUAGACAUUGGAGUAGAAGUCAGAGCCUUCCUUAAGGGAUACGACCUCUUUCUCAUAAUGGAAAUACUAAAGCGAAGACUGAAUAAACGACACAGCGCCAAUGUUCGUUCUGAGUACGAAGAACUGCAAUUUUGCACUGUGCGCCAGUUCAAUGUUAUCAUGACUGGCGCAAAGAAGUUGUUCAACGUACUCAGGACGACGACUGGUGGCUGUUUAUCCUCUCCAGAAUUAAUUUUAGCAAGACAAAUUGUUAAAAAUCAGCGCCCCGCUGCAGAUCUGGAGAGGAUAUUCUUCAAGCAGUACAUUAUGAGAAGGGGGCGACAAAACCGUACGCUUCGCCUUCUGCGGCAGAAACUAGAAGAAAACGACCGUUUUUUGGAAGAUUAAUUCCUAAUAAAAAAAUCUUUCCUUAAAUUUUUCUAUUUUA